GGGGUUAUAUUGUAUCUCUAUCUCUAUAGUUUCUGGGCGAAAAACCCUAGUCAACCUCUGUUUCAUAGUCACACUACUGAUAAAAUGGUGGGUCCACUUAACAAGAAUCUUGAGUCGUUGAAUGGAGAAAAAGAAGAAGAAAUGUUGGAUAAUUCACAAGAUUUUGAUAAUGAUGAGGAUGAUCAUGAUGAACAAGAGGGAGAGCAGAACUGGGAUGAUUGGACUGGUGAUGGAGAAGAAGGGGAAGAUGAUGUUGACUCAGAAAUGAUAUGUUUGUUUUGUGAUUCUAAAUAUAGUUCCAGUAGUUUGUUGUUCGAGCAUUGUCGGUCGAGCCAUCGUUUUGAUUUUGGAAGCAUUAAGACAACGAUGAAGUUGGAUUUUUACGGUUGUUUCAAGCUAAUCAAUUAUGUUAGAUCACAGGUGGCGCAGAAUCGAUGUUGGAUCUGUGGAAGUACUUGUGAGUCUAGGCAAAAGCUACAAGAUCAUUUACAUGAACCAUCGGCUAUUGAGUUUGCUAAUCUUCCAUGGGACAAUGAUAUGUACCUUAAACCAUAUAUGGAAGAAGACCAUCUCUUGUAUAGUUUUGAUGAAGAUGAAGAAAUUGAUGAUGAUGACGACAUGGUCAGAAGUAUAGACGGUUUAGAAAACAUGAACAUUGAUGACAAAACUGAUUUAGAAGCGUAUGCUAUUAACUCUAAGCUUCUGGAAUCCUGCAAAGAGGAUUCAGUAAACGAGGUUUCUUCUAUUUCUAAAAACAACGGCGCAAGCUCAGAUAGAAAAUCAAGAAGUUCUUCUGUCAAUGUUGCCGAGCGUGAAAUAAUGAUUGUGAAUAAGGACUAUUUUGGCUCAUAUAGUUCGUUUGGUAUACAUAAAGAGAUGAUAAGUGAUAAGGUAAGGACGGAUGCUUAUAGACAAGCUAUUGUAGACAAUCCUUCUCUUUUAAAGGGUGCUGUUGUUUUGGAUGUUGGUUGUGGUACAGGGAUACUAAGUCUGUUUGCAGCCCAAGCAGGGGCCUUAGUAGUAAAUGCAGUGGAAGCAAGUGAUAAGAUGGCUUCAGUAGCCUCUCAGAUUGCAAAAGACAACGGUCUGCUGUGGAAUCAGGCACCAAAUCAGGGAAGUGGAGUAGUUAAAGUUAUCAAUAGCAUGGUCGAAGAUGUUAUUGAAUCUGGACAAAUUGAGCCCCAGAGUAUUGAUGUCUUAGUGAGUGAGUGGAUGGGGUACUGUCUACUUUACGAGUCAAUGCUCAGCUCAGUGCUUGUUGCACGAGAUCAUUGGCUAAAGCCUGGAGGUGCUAUGCUUCCGGACACAGCUACCAUGUUUGUUGCUGGAUUUGGAAAAGGUGCUACCAGCAUCCCAUUCUGGGAAAAUGUUUACGGAUUCAACAUGUCCUCUAUCGGUAACGAACUGGUUGGAGAUGCUGCUCAUUUUCCUAUCGUUGAUGUGGUAGAUGCAAAUAAUUUGGUGACGGGUACUGCUCUUCUCCAGGCUUUCGACUUGGUGACGAUGAAACACGAUGAAGUUGAUUUCACUGCAUGCGUUCAGCUAGAACGCAAGUCAUCAAAUUCAUCUGAGGUAGAAUCAACCAUAACUAAGUGUUAUGGAGUCGCCUUAUGGUUUGAUACCUCAUUUACAGGCAGGUUUUGCAAAGAAAAACCUACCGUUUUGUCGACAUCACCAUACACCCCUCCAACACACUGGUCUCAAACAUUACUCACUUUCCGUGAACCAAUUUCACUAGCAUCCAAUAUGUCAGUCAACGAGACUUCCUCAAUGGUUGGUAGCGAGAUCAAACCAGCCAUCAAAAUAGAUUUACGCAUCAGCAUAGCACGUGGUGUUGAACAUCGUACCAUUGAUAUUUCAUUGGAGGUAACUGCUAUUGGUUUUGAUGGUCAAAAACGCAAAUGGCCUGUGCAAAUGUUCAAUAUGCGUUAAAUCAUACGUGAAAUGUUUCAUAUGUGUUGUAUUUUCUGAAGUUUUGUUUUCCGUUUUAGAAGUCUAAUGUAGUCUGGUAAGUCGUAAGCAUUACAUGAUGUUCCUUACCAAGUUUUGUUUUUAUGAUAUGAUAAUUUGGUUUGAUGUU